AUAAAACAGAUAUGGGAAAAAAAUACCUGGAAGAAUAAUUUUUAAUACAAAAAUUAAUGAAUUUAUAUUUUAAGAUGCCAAACCGAUAUUUUAAAAAUUUUUAGAAAUAUCGAUGCAUCGAUGCUUGUAUACCAACAUAUAUUGUCCACCUCUACACGCUCAGCGUCAUUAGCAAAACAAUUGCCGGCAAAAUUAAUUGUCAAGUUCAAUAUAAUGAAUUUCGUUAACGAAAUCGAUGGUGUCAAGAAGACGAUUAUUGAGAAUGCACAGUUGAUGAGGUCAUUCGAAAAUAAAGUCGGUAAUGAAGAGUAUCGCGAUAAAUUGAAGAAGUUUAAUGAUGAAAUCGAAACUAUGCGUCUGGAGUUGGGCGAAACAUUAAUUGGAUUGAAAACCAGACAAAAACGUUUAGAUACUAUGUUGGAUAAAGCCGCCAAUGAAUGCCAAACAUUGGAAGAAUUCGAAGCAAAAUACUUGGAAUUCCAACAAACUGAAGGCAAGAAACGCAUGAGCAUUAAAUUGUGCACAGAGUUCAAAGAUUUUAAACAGGAAUUAAUGAAUAAUCCAAGCGCUUCCAAUGCCAACGCUAAUGAUAUUGAUGCAGAAGUCAUUGAACAAGAUGAUAAUGCCAUUUGUUCCAUGUAUGAUCCGUGGACCAAAGACUUAAUGUUAAAUCCCGUUCGCAACAUAAAAUGCGGUCAUAAUUAUGAUCGAGCUUCGGUUAUGGUGGUCAUAAAGGAUAGAUUAAACGUUCGUUGUCCAAUUGUAGGCUGUGCCAGCAAAACUUACGUGCAACCCAAUCAUCUGGUCCCCAAUGGGGCGUUGCAAGAACGGAUUCGCGUUUACAAAGCACAGCAGGAUGAUGAUGAAGAUGACAACUAAUCAAAAUUAGAAUGUGGUUGUAAUCAAAAUAAUGGCUGUAAGAAGUAAAUAAAAAGAUUUGAGA